GAGGAAGGCGAUACCUGUUGGUACUCGGCUCUCCGACACGACGGCAGGUGCAGAGAGCGCUUCGAUUUCGCCGACCACGGCGUGCUCUUCAUCUCCCAGUACCUGGCUAUCCAAACGUUUGAGACGGUGGCGAUCCUGCGGGAGGCCCGGAGCCUCCUCCACCUCGUCACCUGCCUGGCCUCGGCAUGCCUGAUCUCCCUCCUCUCCCUGGUCGGCUUCUAUGACACGGUCACCUACUUCCAUACCCGGACGGAGAGCCUCAUGGGCGUCCUCAUCUCCCUCGUCACCGUCCAGCUCCCUCUUAUGCUCGUUGCCUCGGGCCGCCUGCGCCAGCAUCGUUAUUUGCGUAUCAGUCAUUUCAUCAAAGCUUGA